AUUUACUUUUUCUAGGCCGCCUACAUGAUCGUCGAUGAAAUGCACGAGGAGCACCCAGAAUUAUUGCGCGAUCAAUAUUGGGAAUGCGUUGUGCCAAAGGAGCUGCCAUAUACGGUCGCCUCAGAGCACUACCGCCGCGAAGAGCCCAAAGGUUCAGCAGAGAACUACAAAAUAAAGAAAGAGGAUGCCAUGUAUGCGAAUAUAGUGCCAGGUGGCGCAAAGCGGGGCCAAGUCGAUGACGUUUACGCGGAUUAUGAGAGUGUUGAUACACCGAUGGUGGAUCGCCGCAAAAAUAAUUGGCUGGUGCGACAACUUUCACGCAUGGGUUCCAUACGUAGUCAAUCGACCGCCUAUUCAUCGAGUGGCAUGGCAUUCAAUCGUAAUCGCCUUAAUUCCGUAUACUCAAGUCCCGAGUCUGGCAUGCCGGUCAACAUAUUACAACAACAAUCGAUGCAGCAACAAACGAUGCAGCAACAGCAUGGUGUACAAGCCACGCAAAUGCAAUCGAAACCAAGUUUCUAUGGAAAAUUUGUUAAUCGUAAAUCGCAACGCGCGCAAAAGCAACUGAUUAAGCAAAAUUCCAAGCUAAACGGCCUCAAUGCGAGCAUUCCCAAAGCACGUCCACGCAUUCCCACACCCGAUGUUACCAAAGAGUCUGGUGAAAAAGAUUUGAAUGCCACGAAAACUGUCAUUAUGACAUCACAGUUGAGCACCCCAACCUCCAUGUAUCCGUACACGAGCACGAACAAUCAGGAUGGACCCGUUUUGGGCACACUCUUGUUAUCGCCCAUUAAAGAAAUGGAUAGCUCAUCUUCGAAUAACACUCUGAUUCCAGGGCAUCCGACGACAACGGCGCUGGCACAAGCCGUACUGCCGCCCAAUCUGAAGGAUGUGAACUUUGGUGUUGUCUCACCGCCAGUUACCACUAACAUCACUACACUUUCUUUCCCAUUCACGGUGACCACCAGUUCCGCGGAUACAAUACCCGCUGGCACUUUAAAUAUUUUGCCUUUGGGUGGUACACAAUUGCCGACCAUAACCACCAGCGCCGCCGGCAGUGGUUUUGAUGCCAACGAUCUCAUUACUAAAAUUCCUGUCUCAUUGGCAAUACAGCGCUCCUCUUCGUUGCGUUCCAUCAACGACUUUAGCGGCAAUGAAAAUCUGGAUGUGCCGCACAGUUACAAUGACAACACUGGAUCUGCGGGCAAUGGUGGUAGUGCUGGCGGCGGUGGUGGCUUGGUAGCCACAACAAAUAAUGCCAUGCUCACCCUCAAGCCAUUGAAUAGUGGUGCCAAUAUUUCGCGCAAUAGCAGCUUUAGUGCCAAUUUAAACAUAAAUCUGCAGGAUUCUUAUAUACUGGAGCGUAAUUCAUCGGUGCGUUCAGCGGCUGAGCCGACGGGCAGUGGCGCCGCCGAAGGCACAGCAUCAGCGCGCCAAACGCAUGGGGAGGGCGCUUUGACAAAACGCCCACCCGAGCCUGCCAAGGGCACUAAGGAGGUGUAUGUGUAGAGCCGAUUAUUAUCGAAUAAUCGAAAGGAAGGUAGGGCUCUACUACAUAUGUAUGUAGGCAAUGAAGAGUGGCACUUUAGAAGCCGAUUUAAUUUAAUUGUUGUUAAGGGAUUCACAAGGUGUCAUAAUGAGUCCAUAUGUCAUAGAUUAGGUUAGAGUUGCGGCUAAACUAUGCUAAAAUGAAUCAAAUUAUUGUUGAUGGCAGAGUCAACCUUAGUAUAUAUUUGGGGGUUUUUGAGACAGAACUUGCAAUUAAGUAAACUCAUAUGCUCCACAGAUUCAAUGGGCUGCUUUUUGCCAUGGGUGGCAAAAUUUUUGUCUGUAUAUAUUUACGAUUCGGGAUGAGGUCCGGCUCUCGAUUUAGGCCAAUGUGUUGGAACCUUCUCUGGCAAACUCAACAGCAGGCUCAUUUCGGGGGUUGAGAUGACAGGUUUCCAAACUAAAUCUACUUUGAACUCA